AUGAGGUCAGGAACACUGCACAAGAAGAAGGAUAACAGAGUUUCUGUUGAGUUUCAGAAUAACCAACAUGGUAAACCCAAGGUGACAUUUGAAGGUAGUAGCGAGGAUUACAAAGAACACGAUGCGGUGUUGUUUUUCGAUGGGGAGAAGUUUCGUUUGGAGAGGUUGCAUCGAGCUGUGAAGCAGCUGCGACAUCUUAGGACACCAGGUGAAUCUGCUGCGGCUUCUUCUCAGGCUGCGAUGCCUGUGGAGCAUAAUCGAUUAUCUCCUGUUGAUCGUGCUGCUAAAUCUCCACAAGUGAAUAGAAGUUUGCUUCCAGAUGUGCCUGUUGAGGUGGAAAGAAUCGAAAUUGGGAAGCCAGAGAACUCAGGUUAGCACUUAUUGCAGUGAUGUAUUCAUAUGAUUUACCAUUCUUGGAUCAUAGGGCACACUGCGUAAUUUGAACAAAACUCAAUCUUAAUACAAGGCAAACUUAUCGUAGUUCUUAGUAUUUGUUAGUCUCGUUGGCAUAAGACAUAGUUGGCUGAGUUUGGCUGCUAGUACAUAGACGUCUGAUUUCCAAAUGAAACCACAGUUCUCUUCCCAAUUCGACUUCUACCUCUAAAUGCGUUAUGAUUAUUCGGUUCUGUAUUGGUGUAGUCAAAUGAGACUAUAGAUAGGAAUAUCAAACUGUUGAUUAAAGUUUACACAUCCGCUCUACUGUUUCUAAGCAUGUAUU